CUACCCGCAAGUCUACCCCUCAAGUUGCGAUGAUUAUUUGCGUCGUCUUGGCCUUCUCUGUCUUUUGUUUGAUCAUUUUAUUCCUGUUGGCCCAUAAGUGCCUUUUCAAAACUAGACAAGUCCAACCUACUAAACGAGCUUCAAAAAAUGGUGAUAUAUUGUCGAUAUGGAAUUAUGAUGGGCAAAUUGCAUUUGAAGAUAUCCUAAAAGCAACGGAAGAUUUUGACAUUCGAUAUUGCAUUGGAACAGGUGGUUACGGUAGUGUAUAUAGAGCACAACUACCUAGUGGCAAAGUAGUUGCCUUGAAGAAGCUUCACAGUUCAGAGGCUGAAGAAGUAUCAUUCAGAAAGAGUUUUGAGAAUGAGGUAGAAACGUUGACUAAAAUUCGUCACAAAAAUAUCAUAAGACUCUAUGGAUUCUGUUUGAACAAAAGAAGCAUGUUUUUGAUUUACGAGUAUAUGGAAAGAGGAAGCUUGUUUUGUGUUCUAAGCAAUGAUUUAGAAGCUAUGGAAUUAGAUUGGAGUAAGAGAAUUAAUGUCAUCAAAGGCAUAGCUUAUGCAUUAUCUUACAUGCAUCAUGAUUCCACUCCUCCAAUUGUUCAUCGUGAUGUAAAGAGCACCAACAUCUUAUUGAACUCAGAAUUUGAGGCUUUUGUGUCUGAUUAUGGAACCGCUAGAUUACUUGAUCCCGAUACUUCCAAUCGAACCAUGAUUGCUGGUACAUACGGCUAUAUUGCUCCAGAAUUUGCCUACACCAUGGCCAUAACAGAAAAAUGUGACGUUUAUAGCUUUGGUGUAGUGGUACCAGAAACGCUAAUGGGUAAGCACCCUGGAGAAUUUUUGUCAUCAUUGUCAUCUUCAUCAUCGUCAAUUCAAAAUAUGUUGCUGACUGAAAUAAUAGACCAUCGCCCAUCACCGCCAAGAAAUGGGAUUGUUGAGAGUGAUAUUGUUCUUAUUACUACGCUGGGAUUUGCAUGCCUAAAUGCCAAACCAAUGUAUCGACCAACAAUGAAGCUAGUUUCUCAACAACUUCUUGCUCGCAAACGAUUGAUAGCCAAGCGUUUUAGUGAUAUUUCACUUGGACAGCUAAUGUUCCCACAUGAAAUUUUACUAGAAAUUGAAAAUAAGAUUAGUUGAAUUCAUUAAA